GCAGUUGUGUUUAAAAUGUAUUCCGUUACUGACGUGAAAAAGACUUCUGUCAAAGAAGUAGAGUUUGUGAAGCUUGAUAAGAAAGAUGUUGGUCAACUGAAAGCUUUCUACGCGACUGCUGCAGUUUCCAAUGCAGCUGGGAUUUGGAAAAAAUCCGUCUCCAUCAAAUCGCCAAAAUCCGGAAGAAUAUUUGGAAGGAAAUCCAAAGAUUCUGAAAAAGGCUAUGGGUUUUUCUCUAGACUGUUUGAAAAGAAGGUGAAAAUUUCGGAUUUUACGUACCAACAAUCUAAUGUGCGAAAGGAAACUAGUUAUAAACCUUUCUGGGCUACCAAAGUGGUUCAGCCUAGUGAAAAGGAUAUAGAAGAAAAUAUUAGCAAAAGAACAUCAACAGUUGUCGACAACAGCAACGUGAUGCGGAAUAAAGCUAUGGUCUUUGAGAAGGCAACUCUAGGUUCGCCUAAAGUUGUUCUUACCAAUAGACCAGAGAAAAUUGUAGAGAAACAGUGGUCUUCGGUGGAAGCGAGUCAGGAUAAUAACUUGAGGAUGCCACCCUUUUACAAGGGGAGCAAAAUGCGAAUGCCUACAGGCGAGCAGUUGUUUUGGCUCGGUGAAACUCGACCAUCUUCCUUCGGACCAGCAACAUACCAGGACUUCAAGGAGAUCCGCUCCCGCUGUCUUUCUGAUGGGAGGUUGUUUGAGGACCCUGAGUUCCCGGCUAUAGAUCGCAGCUUGUAUUACAAGGAACGCUUGGACCGUCCUAUAACCUGGCUUAGGCCGAGUGAAAUAUGCGACGAUCCUCAACUGUUCGUGGAAGGCUACAGCCGAUUCGACGUCCAGCAAGGAGAGUUGGGCGACUGCUGGCUUUUAGCUGCUGUUGCCAACCUCACCCUCUACAGAAAAUUGUUCUUCCAAGUUGUACCAGAUGACCAGAGCUUCGAUGAAGAGUAUGCUGGUGUCUUCCAUUUCCGGUUCUGGCAAUACGGGCGAUGGGUGGACGUAGUCAUCGACGACCGCCUGCCCACCUACCGCGGCAAACUGGUGUUCCUCCACUCCUCGGAGACCAACGAGUUCUGGAGCGCCUUGCUGGAGAAGGCUUAUGCCAAAUUACACGGCUCUUACGAAGCCCUAAAAGGCGGGUCAACAUGCGAAGCCAUGGAAGACUUCACCGGCGGCGUGACUGAAAUGUACGAUAUGACGGAACUGCCACCCAACUUCUACACCAUCCUGUUGAAAGCUUACGAGAGAAAUUCACUCAUGGGAUGCAGUAUUGAGCCGGACCCUCACAUCCUGGAAGCCGAGACCCCGCAAGGCCUCAUCCGCGGCCACGCCUACUCCAUCACGCGCCUCAAGUACGUGGACAUCGAGACCCCGGGCCGCCAGGGCAAGAUCCCGCUGCUGCGCAUGCGCAACCCCUGGGGCAACGAGGCCGAGUGGAACGGGCCCUGGAGCGACAAGUCUCCAGAAUGGCGUUACAUCCCGGAGUCGGAGAAGCAGGAGUUGGGUCUCACGUUCGACGAUGAUGGCGAGUUCUGGAUGUCCUUCAAGGACUUUUGCACACACUUCUCAAGAGUAGAAAUCUGCAAUUUGAACCCCGACUCUCUUGACCCCGAAGAGUGCCCAGAAGGCUGCACCAAGAAAUGGGAGAUGUCCGUGUUUGAAGGGGAAUGGGUGCGAGGUGUCACCGCUGGUGGUUGUCGUAACUACUUGGAAUCCUUCUGGCGCAACCCCCAGUACACUGUCACUUUGACAGACGUGGAUGAAGACGAUGAUGACAACAAAUGUACUAUAAUCGUGGCCCUGAUGCAAAAGAACCGGCGCUCCCAGCGGCACCAAGGCCUGGAGUGCCUGACCGUCGGCUUCGCCGUGUACCGCCUGCCCGACUACGGCCACGUGCCCAAGCCGCUCGACGUCAACUUCUUCAAGUACAACGCCUCCGUCGGCCGCUCGCAGGCCUUCAUCAACCUGCGGGAGGUCAGCGCCAGAUUCAAGCUGCCGCCCGGCACGUACGUCAUAGUGCCGUCCACCUUCGAGCCCGACGAGGAGGGGGAGUUCCUUGUGCGAGUGUUCUCCGAGAAGUGCAAUAACAUGGCUGAAAACGAUGAAGACGUGGGCAUUGGUGACGUUGAUGACAGGGUGAAAGAAAUAGCCCCCAACCCCGAGCCGGCGGACCCCAUCCGUGAGUUCUUCAACCGCCUCGCCGGCGCCGACGGGGAGGUCGACUGGCAGGAGCUGAAGGAGAUCCUCGACUACGCCAUGAGAGAAGAGAUGGCCAUGCGCCAAGGCGCCGCGUACGACGGAGGGGGUGGAGGGGGGAUAGCUGGAGGGGGCAUGACUGCAGGAGGGGGCGCCGCCCCCACCGAGCAGAGCUGCCUGGAACAGCUGUUGUGCGCUCUCUGCACGCCCAUCUGCAAGGAAAUCGGCAUCGAUCUACAGCAGGUGCAGUCGCAGAACCAGGAGCAGGUGCACUUAACGCAGCCGCAGGUUAACGGAGGACAAGAGCUCAAAGGACAGGGGUUCUCCAAAGACGUGUGCAGGAGCAUGAUCGCUAUGCUCGACAAGGAUAAUUCCGGAGGACUUGGCUUUGAGGAGUUCAAGUCGCUGUGGAUCGAUCUGCGCAACUGGAGGGCCGUGUUCCGCCUGUACGACACCGAAGGCCGCGGCGCCGUCCCGGCGCACCACCUGCGCGACGCCAUCCACUCGGCCGGCUACACCGUCAACGCGCACACGCUCAACGUACUUGCACACAGAUACGGCGGCCAAGACGGCUACAUACAAUUUGAUGACUUCAUAAUGUGUUCCGUGCGACUCAAGACCAUGAUCGCCAACAACGAGCCGGUAGAGAACCUCGAACGCGACUUACAGUGGAACCCGUGAGGCGCAGGAAUCCUCGCACAAGGACAAAGAAAGACGUUCAAGGGCAGAUCAUCGGGCGGAGACUACGCCACGUUCUCACUCGACGAUUGGCUGAAUCGCACAGUUUAUUCAUAGGAAAAUAUGCCUUAAUACAUACUACUUAAGGACCUUUGCAACGGUAACUAAGCUUAAAGAGUACAUCGGAAUACACAACCCAAUUACAAUAGGCCGCCAUCUUGUAAUAAAAAAUGGCGUCCUUGCCGAAAACCUUGAAAACUACCAUGAUGAUUGGAGAAUAAAAUGACCUAAAGUAUUCUUAAAUUAUAUAGAGUAAUACAAUGUUAUUAUUGAGAUUUGAACCUCAAUUACUGUGUACUCUUUAAGACAUGCAUAUUAUUAUUUACUUGUACUAGUAAUUCUUCCAAUACCUCAAUGUUAUUACGAUAAUGUUCAAACACUUUACAAAUAUAGAUAUCUCUAUAGCAUCACAUUAAAAUUACCAAAAAUAUAACCAUAUAUUAUAUAAAUAUACGCUAAUGCCUUAAAGUAUUUUAACUUUGUAAUAAUAUUAUAUUAUUAUAUAUUUUUAUAAACAUGAUGCUAUAGUUAUAUUGAGUGAUGACAUCCGCCAACUAAAACAAAAAUGUUUAAAUUAAACAAUAUACUAAUAAAGCUUUAAUUGGUGAUAAUCUAAGUCACAAAUAACUUCUUAAUCUCGAUGUAUUUCUGUGUAUUGUUAUUGUAUUUCUUCACUUUUCAAAACGGCAUUUAACAUUUAAAAGUUACUUAACUGUAAUAUUUUAUUUUAUUUUGAUUAUUUUAUUGUUCAAGUUGGCUUUAAAGUUUCUGUAUUAGUAACUUAUUUUUUUCGUACAUAUUUUUUAAAUUAUGUACCAGGUAAUAAUAACAAAUUAAUCCGUCGCAAUAUAUGUAGAUAGAUAUGAGAUUUAAAAGAUAAUAUAACUACUUUUAUAUAACUACAUAUAAACAUACAAUCAGUAUUUUGCACCACCGAUGUCCAUUCCAGAUAAUUAGGUAUAUUUUUCGUCAACACUGUGCGAUCAGCUAUGUAUCACUCAUGGUUAUUUUUAUUUCAAUAUUUAUUGUUGUUGCACCAUUAUGACAUUUUCAAUGCAUUUUAUUGAUUAUAUUUUGUAUUUGUCAAUUUUUAUUUUGAAUUGUAAAACUUCAGAUCUGAAUAAAGUAUGUUUUUUAUUCAC